GAGCUCUCUGCCAUUGCCACCAACUUCAGCAAGUUGGAAACGAGAAGGCAGGCCAUGACCCAAGUGACCUUAUGUCACUCCUAAACUCAUGGCUUGAGUUCCUCCUACCAAAAAAUCUGCACUUUGAUCACACACCCACAGCGACCCAGAUCUUUAAAUUCAGCAAUUCUUUCUCAGGUUUCAGCAAGGCAUUGGCAGCCUGAGCUAUUUUGGGACAUUUUCUCUGCUGUGGAUGCCACUUUUGGAAUACGCCAGGAAUAUGCUAAGGACCUGGAGCUCUCUACCCUGGACCCGAUUUCGGGUUUGCUUGCUCUCUCUCUCUUUCUCUGGGCUAAUCAUUUGGAGGACAGUCACUCCUGCCAACCUAAUCCCAGGAGCCUGACUACCUUGCCGGGCCACAGGCUCAAAGAGGCAGUGUGGCUGCCAGCACACCCUCACGGUAAGGGACGCGGAGGCACCAGGCAGUCUGGCAGGAUGAGAGACGUCCUGGGGGUGGUCUGAGUUUGGAUGUGGGCUGAGAAGAAAAACUAGGGGCCUUGCAGGGGACAAGAUUUUCCAAACAUCUUAUUCUUACGAUCAUCAUUUCCUAAUCUGAUGCAACUGACUCGGCAGGCAUUCGGGAGCCUGUAAGCUCCAUUUUCCUGUUCCAAAUUCUUCUGCACCUCACCAGGAGUCCUCACAUUGACCCUAAUCAACUUGGGACUCUCAACAAAGUACUUGAAAAGGAAGAUGGUGGCUACCCUGACAUGAUGACUACCCACCCAAGCUCCAGGAAAACAAGGCCAGGAGGGGCAUUUCCUCAAAGGCCUAAAGGAGACACCACCACCACCACCACCACUACUUGCCAAGGAAUUUGUAAGGCAUCUUGAGGCUCAAGGCUGCAUCUAACCAUCCCAGACUUUCAUUUGUCUAUCUCAUAAAAAUAUUUUUGGGCCGGGUGCAGUGGUUCACGUCUGUAAUCUCGGCACUUUGGGAGGCCGAGGCGGGUUGACCACCCGAAGUCGGGAGUUUGAGAACAGCCUGGCCUGCACGGUAAAACCUCAUCUCUGCCAAAACGUCAAAAAUUAGCUGGGCGUGGGGGCAGGUGCCAGUAAUCCCAACUACUCUGGAAGCUGAGGCAGGAGAAUCACUUGAACCCGGGAGGCAGAGGUUGCAGUGAGCCUAGAUUGCACCAUUGUACUCCAGCCUGGGCAAAAGAACAAGACUCUGUCUCAAAAACAAAACAAAAUAAAACCAAAAAAAACCUUUUUGGAAGGAGAUUUUUCAUCUUUCCUUGAUAACACAUUUCAGUGUCUCUCUCAAUUUUUCCAUAAAAACUAAGUUUUUAGGGCCGGGCGCGGUGGCUCACGCCUGUAAUCCCAGCACUUUGGGAGGCCGAGGUGGGUGGAUCACAAGGUUGAGAGAUCGAGACCAUCCUGGUCAACAUGGUGAAACCCCGUCUCUACUAAAAAUACGAAAAAAUUAGCUGGGCAUGGUGGCGUGUGCCUGUAAUCCCAGCUACCCAGGAGGCUGAGGCAGGAGAUUGCAGUGAGCCGAGAUCGCGCCCUUGCACUCCAGCCUGGAUAACAAGAGCGAAACUCCGUCACAAAACAAAAAAAAACAAAAACUAAGUUUUUAUUUUUGUUUAACCUUGGUUCCACCUGCUGGAGUGUAAUGUCACUAUCUUUUGUCCCUCAUUCACCUUGUUAUCACAUAUUUUUAGUGAGCGGCAAUAUAGUAUAAUGGUAUGGUUUUUGGAAUCAGACAUGCUGGUAUUCCAGUGCUGGCUCUGUCACUUUCUGGGUGUGUGAGAUGUUGGGCAAAUUACUUCUGAGGUUUAAUACCUUCAUCUGUGAAUGAGUAACCUCAGAGCAUUGCUUUGAAGAUAAAAUGAGAUAAUAUCUUAUUUUGAAGGAUUAUGGGGUAUGAUGAGGUAUGGUACUGGGCACCUAAAAAGUGUUCAAUACAUAGUACAAUAGCUAUUUAUCUGAUUACAUGCAAGUAUCUGACUUAAUUCAUAAACUCUUUGAGAGUGGGAGGCAUACUUCCUGUGCAUUCCCUGGAUUUCAACAGAAGUGUAGUGUUGUGCACAUAGUACAGUGCAGAGACUCAAUAUUUAUUGAAUGAAUAAAUUGUUUUGUUUUUAUUCCCUGAGUGGAAUGAAUAGCCCCCAGCUACCUGCAAGAUCCCACGCAUGUAGAUAAAAGGUGACAAAAAUCAAUCUGCAGUUUUUAAAUAUGCAGAUACCUGACUUUAUCUAGAUGUUUUAGCAUGGUGUAGAUACAAUGCAAAUAACUUACACUUGCUAUUUCUAUCAGGUUCAUUUCUAUGAAUUUUAGCAUUUGAUUAUUGUCAUUAUUUUUAUUAUUAAGCUGCACUUAGGCGCCCAGAAAGGGACUGACUCAUAUGCCUCCUCAUCCAUCCAAGCAUUUAACUGAGAAAUUUUAAAAAUGAAUAUUAAGAGCUAAUUAUAAACUGAACAAUAUCUUUCAAUUUGUGACUAAGUACAUUACCUUCCCUAUUUAUCUCUAAGAUCUGAGCACUACAGAUACUAUUUCUAAUUGCUUUGUUUCCAAGCCAAGAAAUAAAAACCAAAACCAGAAAAGUCCACCACUGCAAGUCCCAAAGCACAAUUAAUAUCUAUCUUUGAACCAGUCAAGUAUUGGUUAGGACUUUAUUUUUGGCUUUUAAAUGUUCACACGGGGCUAGGAAUGUAAGUCGGGGGAACAACUACAAGAUACAUAGAUUCAAUCAGAUUUGAAUAUUUGUCUAUAAGGAAAGGAAAGAGUAUUACUUUUUUACAAUAAUCUCGGAAAACCUCUGGUGUGUGCUUAGGCUAGAAUUAAAAACCGAAGCGUGGCCAUUUCCCCGACUGCUUUGUACAUACUUUACAGGAGCGGUCUCAGGUGUGGAGCUCCGGGCACCUGCUUGCUCACACUCAAACAGUUUAGAAACCCGUGUAUUUGAGGCCGGGUGGCUCAAGUUCCACGUUACUGGGCUUAAAUGCCAUUAAUACUACGUGCAGCGGGGGUCACUGAGCUGUGCUUUGGGACUUGGAUGCUUACCUCGGACUUUCUCCUUUCUUCCCCCCUGCCCCCACUAGUUUCCCUUUCCUUCCUUCCUUCCCAGGCGUGCCCACCUCCUCCCUUUGCUCCCACUCGCCACUGCCUGACUCUUGCUUCCUUCACCUUCCUUCCUAAUCGGCUUCCUGUCUUCCAUCCUCUGCCGGCCGCAGAGAUUGAGACUGGGGCUGGGGCUGCAGCUCAGAAGCGGCACGAGUCGGGCGGGACAGGCGUGAGGCGCCCAGCUGUGAAAGCGCCGGGCGCGCGCCGAGGCGGGGGCGCGCGCCGAGGCGGGGGCGCGCGCGGGGCAGCCGAGUGUCUAGGCAGACCGGGCCAGGAGCGGCGCGCGCGCGCCCCGCCAGCUUCUGGCGCGCCCCCGGCGGCCAGGGCCGCAGCGUGCUCGUCCCCGCCGCCAGCUCGCCUCACUUAUGGGUCGGAAACGCUGCGUGGGGGAGACUGUUCCAAGAUGGCGGCGGGUUGCUGCGGGGUGAAGAAGCAGAAACUGUCCAGUUCGCCCCCCUCUGGCUCCGGUGGCGGUGGUGGCGCCUCCUCCUCCUCCCACUGCAGCGGAGAGAGCCAGUGCCAAGCUGGGGAGCUGGGACUAGGAGGCGCCGGUACGCGGCUCAACGGGCUGGGAGGUCUAACCGGAGGAGGUAGCGGCAGCGGCUGUACCCUCUCUCCCCCCGAGGGCUGCGGCGGCGGCGGGGGGAUCGCCCUGUCGCCACCACCGAGCUGCGGAGUGGGGACCCUACUUUCUACCCCGGCCGCCGCCACCUCUUCCUCACCCUCCUCUUCGUCCGCCGCCCCGUCCUCAUCGCCGGGCUCCCGGAAGAUGGUGGUGUCAGCAGAGAUGUGCUGCUUUUGCUUCGAUGUGCUCUACUGUCACCUGUACGGAUACCAGCAGCCCCGGACCCCCCGAUUCACCAACGAGCCCUACCCACUGUUUGUAACAUGGAAGAUUGGUCGAGACAAAAGAUUACGUGGAUGCAUAGGUACUUUUUCUGCCAUGAAUUUGCAUUCAGGACUCAGGGAGUACACACUUACCAGUGCCCUUAAAGAUAGCCGUUUUCCCCCAAUGACAAGGGAUGAGCUGCCACGGCUUUUCUGCUCAGUGUCUCUGCUCACUAACUUUGAAGAUGUCUGUGAUUAUUUGGACUGGGAGGUGGGUGUACAUGGCAUUAGAAUAGAAUUCAUCAAUGAAAAAGGAUCAAAACGCACCGCCACCUACCUACCGGAGGUUGCAAAGGAGCAAGGAUGGGACCAUAUUCAGACCAUAGACUCCUUACUGAGGAAAGGAGGAUACAAAGCUCCAAUUACUAAUGAAUUCAGGAAAACCAUAAAACUGACCAGGUAUCGUAGUGAAAAGAUGACCCUGAGCUAUGCUGAAUACCUUGCUCAUCGCCAGCAUCAUCAUUUCCAAAAUGGCAUUGGGCAUCCCCUUCCGCCAUACAACCAUUAUUCCUGACACUGAGCCGCACAACCAGUCACUGGGCCUCUCUGCAGACCUCUUCCCAGGAGACCCUACACCUUCUUGGUCUAGCUAUCUCUUUUACUGUACCAUUUUAUGAUGAUAGUUUCCGUUGCCAUGGUGAAGCUUCGACAUCGUCAAUUAAGAUCAUCAUGGUAACGGGUAGGAAAAUGGCAUUUGUUAAGAUCCUGUUUUAUUAUUUUAGGUAAUUGAUUUUUUUUGCAGCAUAUAUAACUCUGGGGUUUUUGUUCCCUACAAUAUUAUGUAGAAUUUUGCUUUGCUAUCUCAGUCAGGUUUCUGUUUUUCCGUCCUUCUCGCCUUUCUUCCUGUUUUGCUUCCUGUUUUCCUUCUUCCUUCCCUCCUUCCCUUCCUUUGACUGUGGAUGGAAGAAAGUGUGCAGUUUUUGGGAAUUUUACUUGGGUUUGUCUUUAGUUUUCCUCAGUAAGAUAGUUGUGGUUUUUUUUUUUUUUUUGAUACCUGAGUUUUGGAUUAAUGCAUAUCAAAUUCAGGUAUUUGUAUAUUACUCUUGAUUUUUGUCUGAAAUUCACUUUGCUAUGACAGUUUAGUAGUUGUGUCUUCACUCCCUUAAGUAUAUGUUUUUCCCAUGGUGAAAAUAUAUGAACUUUUCUAGUCGUGAGCAUUCAAAGGUCCAUGAUAGGGCUUGUCACAGAGAGAGAAAUCAUUUACGCCUAUCGUGCUGGUUACUAUAGAAGAGACUGCCUGACCACUUUAUAGAAGCAAUUUGCAAACUACAACACUGUUUUGAGAAAGUACAAACUACCUUUCAAAAAGGCUACAGGAAUCAUUUAUAAGAGCAGCAAAUAUUAGGAAGAGAGCAGAUAUGGAAUUUAGUGCCUUUGAGAAGAAUAUAAUUGAGUGGAAUUCAGAGGGGUUAGAAAAAAGGCAAUUUAGAAAAAUAUUCUUGUAAAAUUUUAUUGUUUCUAUAUGUGAAACAGCAGAUUAGACAAAUUUCUUACUCUUAAGUAUUUUUUUAAGCUGAAAAAAUUUAUUUUGAGCAAAUAACCAAAAAGAGACAUUUGUCUAUUUUAUAUUAAUUUAAAUUGAUUAGCUCUAGGUUUCAAUAUAUCAUGAUUGGCUAGAGUCAAUUUUAGCUACCAUCUAAAGAUAUGGUGAAAAUAAUUAAGUGAAACAAAAGUUCAUAUUUUCCAUGAUUUCAGAUAUGUUUGUCAUGGGGACAAUACUAGAGUUUUAGAGAUACUAUAAAAUAGCUUGAAUCUCUUUCUGCACUACAUACUUUUGAUAGAAACACAUUUACUACAUUGAUAAGAUGUUAUGUCACACCUGUGAAAAUGGAGUUGGCAUUCAGAUAUGCCAUAGUUAGAAAAUAGCAUCUGCAGGGAUAGUCUUCCCAUGAUGCAUACAAACAGAACUUACUGAUGUCAAUAGAAGGUCCAUAAUAUAUCCCCAGGAAAAAUGACAGAUUAUUCUGGAGAAAGAUGACCUUCAUUUUAUGGUUAUGUGUGUGUGUCUGUGUGGUGUACAUAUAUAUAUAUUUCUCCAUAUAUAUGUGUGUGUGUAUAUACAUGGUAUAUAUAUAUAUAUAUAUAUAUUUUCCAUAUAUAUAUAUAUAUAUAUAUUUUCCAUAUAUAUAUAUAUAUAUAUUUUCCAUAUAUAUAUAUCAUACACACACACACACACACACACACCUUUGGAAAAAUAUAUAUAAUUUUUUCAAACAGGAAGCCAACAUAUCAAGUGAUGAUUUAAAGUAUGCUGCAGAAUAUAUGUUUUAAAACUAUAAGGAAUAUCACUGAAUAUCAAAAUUAUAUAACUUAUACAUAUAGUUGCUGUGACAAAUGACAGACUGCUAGUUCAGAAUUCAAAAAUCCUUUCCUAGUUUGUGAGAUAAUUGGCUGAAUUCCUUCUGCUUGCCACUGGGCAAAGCACACUGCUUUAGUUUUUGAUGAGAGUUCUUAAAAGUUUGUUGGUAUUCCUUCAUCCACAGCAUCCAUUGUCGAAAUAACCAUUUUCCGUUGUGAUGCCUUAACUAAGAAGCCAAUUGUUAGCCUGAAAUGCAAUCUUGGUAGCCAGUUUCAAUGAAUCUAGAGAUUAGUCAGAAAAAGCUGUUGGGCUUUAGAAAGAGAUUUUGAGUCCUGUCAUUUCUACUUGGGAGCAUUUUGGAGCAGAUUCGUCUUUCAGUAUAAAAGCAAGUGGCUACCUGAUAGAAACUUUUCUUACCCUUAUAGGGAAACUGAGCACAAGCUGAAUGAUAUUGUCUGCUGCAAAAAAAAAAAAAAAAAAAAAAAAAAAAAAAAAAAAAAAAAAAAAAAAAAGUAAAUAAAACAAGCAAACUGAAGAGAGACAAAGACCAAUAUUAUCGUGAAAUCCAUCUUAUCCAUCAUCUCAUCAGUUCAACAGGCUCCUCGUCCCGGGUGAGCUUAUGGUUAGAAGUUUUUUAGCAAAGAUUUAUUACAUACAUAGAUGUGUGUGUGUACAUAUACUUAUACAUACAUACAUAUAUGUGUGUUUAUUUAACGGUGCUAAUCAAUCUUGAGCAGGUCACGUGACUGGUCAUGCGGACUCUAAAAUCAUAUCAGAUUUUUAAAAAUCCUUGAUAUAUGCAGAUGUUAUACAGAUUUUCUUAGCAGUGUAAUAAUGUUAUACUGAAGAAAUAACCAUCCUGCAGGCUUCAAAGGACGAGGUCAGCAAUAUUUCCCAACGUGGCUUGGGGGAAAAGGAUAGUUUUGUCUCCUUUUGUAUUCAAGUUAACGCAAAGUGCAUUUUUGUCUCUAAGUAGCUGUUGACUAAAUGACUUUGUAGUGUAAAGGGUGUUAUACAAACUGUAAUGGUGUGCUUCAAACAAAUGCUAGACCCUUUCACCUUUGUCGUAUAUACAAAGCUGUUAAAUAUGUGGUAUGAAUUAACUUUGAACAUGUUGAAAUAUGUAGCAUGUCUUUAACUCAGACAAAGAUUCUAAUUGCACAGGUUGUGUUUUAGCCAGUUGUGGUUUAUUUGUUCAGAAACACAAAUGUGAAUUGCACUCUUAUCAUCAGAAUAUUAUAUGAGUUCAGUGAUCUUUAAACAGCUCAGAAGUAAUACUUGAACUUCAUUUGAGUAGCACAAAGUUUACAUAGCCCCUUUUAAAUGUUAAUUCGUUUCAUUUCAGUUUUUUGUUUUCAAAUGCAACUGGGUAUUUUUCUUCUUGGAAAUAGUAUGUACUUUGCUUUGGUAUGUAGCAAAAGGCUUCCAUUUCUGGAAGGGUUUUCUUGUUCUUAAACAAGGUCAGCCAGGUACCAGAUUCUAAAAGAACAAAUUGUCCCCCACCCGUCAAGUGGCCUUCUGACUGCACGAGAAUGUGCUACUAUCCUCUGUAGUCUCCCCUAACAUGAGAGGUCGGUGAAAUUGAUGGAGGAAAUGCAAGGCUUGCUUCCCCCCACCCUUAAAGCUUAAAGCAGUUGUAAGGUUUUCAGUCCAGCACAUAUAGUCCCAAUGCCCAGCACACCGGAAGUUUGUAUACUGGCCUCUUGUCUUCAAAUGUGCAGGAAAUUUGAAACUGUCAUCUGGAAUAGGUUCCAUCUCUUAUGUGUGAUAGAUCAAACCAAAGAAGCCCCCAGCCAUGCCCAAAUGCUGCUUAAAAAGCCUACCUUCCAGUCCUUACAAAAACCUUGCAGGAUUAAAUGUGUUAACUUUUUUAUUUUUGUACAGUUUCUAAGUGAUUUUUGCUAGUGAUGUUAAAAUGACUUAAGUUUAUUUGAGGAGUGUGAGCACCUCCUCUAUUUAAAUAAACUGGUGACUUUCCUUUUAUUUUUUAAAAGUGGAAACCCGUUGUGUGCCUCUCGAUUUAAGGGUUUCUGAUGACAUUAUUCUUAAGACCAGCAUUGAUCCUUUAUAUACAAAUAUAUGUUUUCCUUGUUUUUUAUUGCUAUUUCAGAAGAAAACGAACCUUUAUUUUGCUCUGGACCCAGUAACUGCGCUGGUACAUAGACGCACUGAGCAAACAAACUUUUGUAACCACCUCUGACUACUUUUGUAUAUCAAAGUUGAUUACUUUUGAAAUAUUUGGAUCUAGUUUCUAAGUUAUUUUAGUGUUUUAUAUGUUCCCCAAAAUUACUUUGAAUCGGUCACCAGCAUAAUAAUGAGUUCUUGGUGAUACAAUGGUGAGACUUGUAAUGAGCAAAAAGCUACCUGGAGUAGCUCUUCUUUUCCUUCUUUCUUAGCAACCUGUUUUUUGAUUACCGUAAGACAUCACAGAUUACCUGAAACCCCUUCCAGUAUAAGUAGGCCCUCCUUCCUUCCACAUUUAAUUGCUUAAUAGUUUGAAGAAACUAUUGGAAAUGGGCAUUUUAUAGGACAUGUAUGGCUUUAAAAUAUUAAAUAAGAGCAAAAAGAAAAAAAUAUGAGAAGGUUUAUGUGGGUCUGUAAGGUAUGGCUGUGGAAAGAUAUUGUAGUAGUUUUGACACUAUUGUUAUUACCUUUAAAAUCAUUUACCCAAUAAAAUGUUAAAACCGA